AUGGCGCUCGGACGAAAGAGUAUGGGGCGAGAUUCUAGAGUUCAUCUGAAACAUGAAACUCGAAAUUGCAUGGUAAGCAUAUUAUAUGCAAUUAGAGCCAAGAAAAAACUUCCGCGCAAACGACUUAGUGCUGGAAGAAAGCAGACAGCAGAAGAUGAUGAAGUCUCCGCUGACACGGGAGAAGCACGUGAACACAGCGAUACUGGAGCAGAGAAGUGCCUUAUUAGCGAAAAGCCUACAGAACUAGCUGCAGGAAGACAAGAUAAAGAAACCAAGAAAAAUUUAGAAACUAAAAGCUCCAUAACAUCUAGAAUAAAAGCCAUGAUUUAUGAGGAGAGGUCUAAAAAAGGGGGCUCGCAUCGUCGAAGUGACUCCUGUCCCUCUUGGGCACAGCCAAAAGGGACUGAUUUUAGCACUCACUCUGAAUCUACAGGCUUCAAUUUUGAACUCGAUAUGGAGGAUGAAGGUAAAAAAUCUGCUGGCGAAAAUCACUGUGGUUCCAGCACAUCAGGCCCUCACCUGACAGAUACCACAGAUAAAUCAGCUAACAAGAACAAAAUGUGUGAGCUAUGUGCAGCCAAGCUUAGCAGGAGUGUUUGGAAGCAAAGUGAGGCAAAUCAGGAGGUGAGGCAUUCGAUUGGAAGUAAUUCUUUUCUUGAAGAUGACAUAAUUGAUUCAGAGAAAAUUGGUGAAGAUGCUUCAGUCCAGGAUUUAAACGAGCUUUUGGAUUCCCUGGAUGUAUAUGGCCCAAAGAAGGAAUAUUUCCUGAAAGUAUUAGAAGACCCGGGAACUCCUUUAUUACAGUACUUGCACAGUCGUGAGGCGAUCAAGUCAAAGGUAGUAUUAACCAAAUCGGCAUCAUUUCCACUGCCAGGCUCAGUUGGCAGAAGAGUACUAGAAUCAACCAAUAAUGAUUCCAAGCAGCGUUCUGCUCUUGAUGCAAAUGAGAGAAAAAAAUUCCAAGUUUGUCACAGUUCCCAGUGUUCUGCUGAUGCUAAGUUAGCUGGAACCAUGGUUGAGCGCAAGGAGGUUGGCACGUCAGAACCAAUCUUAGGAAGGAACAGAUCAUUCAAUGGCCUUCCUCCAUGCACACCCCGUGGGCUUAAGAUAGAGCAUGAAAAUAGACCAGUUAUUAACCGUUUUAAACAGCUCAAGAGAAAAAUUAGUCGUGUCAUCAGAGAGAGCAGAAAGGAGAAGCAACAACCUGUCAUGGAUUCAGUAUCCCAAAUAGUUCCUUAUGAUCGCACUACCUCCAAAGUUAUGCAGGAGGAGACUGAUUUUACUAGAGAUAGUGGUUCCAGUAGCUGCGAAGUUGAUCAUUCUACUUCGUUUCUGCAGAAACCCAGUGAUAAACCUCGCUUUAGAAGAGCAACAACUUUUACUGAUUCAAUGGAUAGAUAUAAUCGCUUGUUUGAGUGCACUUUAAAGAGAAUGGCCAGAUAUCAAUUGGCUGAAAAAUCAACUUUAAGAGCAGAGAAUGUGCCUACACCACCUGGUAAAAGUUCGUCAAAGAUGCUGGAAAGGCUCUCUUCAUUACCUAAUCUCAGGGAUCACUCCACUCUCCUAAUGGACAGCUAUCCAAGUCCAGAAGGAGAACCCCACAAAAAUUUGGAGGACCAUUCUGGCAUGACGGAAACUGAAAUUCUUGAUGAACAGAAGCCUUUAGAUUGUUCUGUAGACCAAGAAAGCCAAAAACAGUUAGACACCGCUGAAGAGCGUGCACCUGUAAACGAUUUAGAAGAAUGCAGUGAGUCUCCAGCUCAAUCAGAAAACUUAAAUGCUGACGAAAUCACCUCUUAUUGCCAAGAUAAUCUUGAAUCUACUUCAGUGCCUCCACAUUCAGAACCAAGUCCACCUGACGUAUCUGACACUAAUUCUGAGAAGAUUACAGCAAGCCCUCCCCAACUGUCCAUGGUGGAAGAUUCUUUGGCCAGCAAAGAUAAAGAGAUAAUUAUGGUUGAUAAUGCAGUUGACAUUCCUGAAGUAGAAUCUCCACUUAAACAAUGGUGUCGCAAGCUUCUGCAUGUUCAGGUGGAUACAAAACAUGUCUGUGAAUUCAACUAUGUAAAAGAUAUAUUAGAGCUAUCUGGCUUUACUGCUGAUAAGUUUCUUGGGACAUGGCACUCCACUGGCCAGCCAGUCGACCCUUCUGUAAUCGAAAAGGUGGAAGGCUUCCCGCUCACUGAACUUGAUUGUUCUGAAGAUGAAGUGCGCAGUUGCAAUCGUCUUCUUAUGUUUGAUUUAAUCAAUGAGGUCUUAAUAGAGAUCCAUACGAGAUCAUCCAGCUACUUCCCUAAGCCCUUAACUUGUCGGUCACAUAUCAGUCCAAUGCCAGUGCAAUAUCAUGUUCUUGGAGAGGUCUGGACAAAUGUUAAAUGGUACUUGAGCUGGAGACCUGAAUCUUACCGGUCACUGGAUGAUGCUGUGGGCAGAGAUCUAGACAGAGGUGAUGGUUGGAUGAACCUUCAAUUUGAUGCAGAGUGUGCGGGACUUGAGAUUGAGGAUUCGUUAUUUGAUGAUCUUAUCGACGAAAUGUUGUAUGAUGAUCUUUUGGAAGAUUAA